UAAUUACUUAAAUGGACCCCAAAUUUUCAAAUUACUCUGUACCAAGAAGUAGCCAUUUAGCUCAAGAAAGGUGUUGUACAGUAUGCUCCCGGGGAAACAUGCUACAAGUAUUCGAGGGUUGAUCUGCAGAGGGAACGUGACUCUCUCUCUCUACAAACCUCGCCCAAUUAUCCAUGGAUCGUUACGUCCAUGUCAAACUCCUGAACUCUUUCAUCGUUUCUCUCUCUAAAACCCCCGACUACCGCUUUGCCCUGAGCAAUGGCAAACGCGUUUCACUCGUAGAAACCGUGGGCGUGGUGGUGGGUAGAGAGAGAAAGGACAAGUUCCUCCGCUUCCAUCUUGACGAUGGCAGCGCCCUGCUCCCCUGCAUUCUCUGGCUGAACCACCUGUAUCUCAGCCCUAGUCCAUCUCCACGUGAUGAGUUGCUUUUUACGAUGGCAGUCGAACAGGCGGAGGAGGUGGCUUUGGGGAAAUUGAUGACUGUUAGAGGGAGGAUCACUGAGUAUAGAGGGGUUAAGCAGAUCACUGUCUCCAAUUUGAGGGUCGAAGAGAACCCGAAUGCCGAGAUUCUUCACUGGUUGCAGUGCAUCAAGUUGGGGAAAGAAUCUUACAAUUUACGACCGCCACUCACUUCGAAUUCGUGAUUCUGAUGAACACGGGGCUUGAGGUUAAGUUUAGAGUUAAUGGUGACUAACCCAUUUUGUGAAUUAGGGUUUUUCGUUUCUUGUUUUGUUCUCUUCUAAGGAGAAAUUGGGUAUGAACUAAAAGCGUCGUUUUGAAUACAUGGAAUCCAUUUUCUGGUUUUGGGUUUUAUCUCUUCUCUCCAUAGAGAGAAGUUGGGUGUUGAUUGAACUAUGAACUUUUAUAUUUUGUGUACAUGCUGCACUUUUGAAUUAUUGGUUAUGAGGAGCCCUAUGUGAUUUGGGGUUUUCUCUCUUCUUUUUUUCGUUA